UUCCCCUGAAAAAUUUCCUAUAUAAGCCCGACACAAGAUCUAUAUCUUCACAACUUAACUCUGCAGAUCAAAGCUCAUCAUUUGCUCUCUUAAACUUUAUUCUUCUAUACAGAUUAUUAUAAUUAUAACCCAAAGGUGAUUUGAAGAGAUGGUUUCUAGCAGCUCCAAAAUUCUUUUUAUUUGUUUCAUUGUAAGUACUAUGACUUGCUUUGUUGCUUUGGCGACUGAUAACAAUCCUCUUCAGGAUUUCUGCGUUGCUGAUGCUAAUAGUCCAGUGUUGGUUAAUGGAUUAGUUUGCAAGGACCCCAAGGUGGUAACUGAAAACGACUUCUUUACUAGCGGAUUGAACGUGGCCGGUGACACAUCAAAAAAUCUGGUGGGAUCAAAUGUAACAACAGUUAAUGUUGCCAGGAUUCCUGGACUCAACACUCUCGGCAUUUCUCUUGUUCGUAUCGACUUUGCACCAUGGGGAAUCAAUGCUCCACACACACAUCCUCGUGCUACUGAAAUUCUGACAGUCAUUCAAGGUACACUGAGGGUUGGAUUUGUCACUUCGAACCCAGAAAACCGUCAUAUCACCAAAGUCCUUAACGAAGGUGAUGUGUUUGUGUUCCCGCAAGGACUUAUCCACUACCAACAGAAUAUCGGACAUGGGAAUGCAGUAGCAAUUGCUGGUCUUAACAGCCAAAACCCUGGAGUUAUCACCAUUGCCAAUGCUGUGUUUGGUGCCAAUCAAGACAUAUCCGCUGAUAUUCUUGCCAAGGCUUUCCAACUAAACAGAAACACUGUCAAAGACUUGCAGAAGCGAUUUGAUUGAAGAUGAUUAAUUUAAUUACCUUUUUAUAUUUAUUAAACAGAUAAUGUGUUUGGCUGUUCUGUUUAUUUAUUGUUUAGUGUUAUCUGACAUUGUUGCUUCUCAUUCUUGCGUUGCAAUAUGCUUAAAUAAUAAUCUCAUGUGAUGGUUUUAUUUUAUUUAA